AAAGGAGGAACGGCAACAGUCUGCUUAGCAACCUCAUACAGAUAACAUCAACGGAAUGGAGAUCAGUCUAGGAUACGUUUCAUUGGCUGUAAUCGUACUUACGUUCAUCUACCGCUGGUUGACCAGAAACAAUGACUACUUCCACGGUAAACCGAUUCCGUCCAUGGCUGUGAAGCUCUUCGUUGGAAGUACCGGACCGCUGUUGCUCAACAAGUGUUCUUUCACAGAGUUCGUCAAAACCAUUUAUGAUAAAUACGAAGGAGUUAAAGUGUUCGGUUUAUUCGAUGUCAACUCGCCACUGUUCGUUAUUCGUGACCCGGAGCUGAUUAAGAAAAUCGCCGUUAAGGACUUCGACCAUUUCAUGGACCAUCGACCAAUCUUUGGUCACGCCGAUGGGGACCAUCCUAAUCUGCUUUUCUCAAAAUCGUUAUUCGUGUUGAAUGACCAAAAAUGGCGCAACAUGCGUGUCACUCUGAGCCCGGCAUUCACAGGAUCAAAAAUGCGGCAAAUGUUCGAACUUGUUCUGGAAUGCAGCGAAAACAUGGCCAAGUAUUACCGAACCGAAUGUCAAAGUAAAGGUGGUUCUGUGCUAUGUGAAAUGAAGGAUGUUUUUUCAAGAUUCACAAAUGAUGUUAUCGCAACCUGUGCCUUCGGGAUCGAAGUGGAUUCGUCACGCAAUCGCAACAACGAGUUUUACCAGCAUGGAAGAGAUAUGUUUAAGUUUAACAGCCUGACCGCUUUGGUUCGCACAUUCGGUCAUCGGUAUAUUCCAUCCAUUAUGAGCUACUUUGGGAUCGAUUUGAUCGAUCGAGUGCACAAUAAUUACUUUGCUAAACUGAUAAAGGAUGCAGUGAAAGUCAGAGAAACUAAGGGUAUAAUUCGACCGGACAUGAUUCAUUUACUACUGCAGGCUAGAAAAGGUAUGCUCAAGCAUCAACAGGAGCACGAGCAAAACGAAGGUUUUGCCACGGUUGAGGAGUCCGAUCUAGGAAAAGGAGAGGCUUCCAAACUAAUGACCGAGGUGGAAAUGAUCGCUCAAUGUUUGAUAUUUUUCGUAGCUGGAUUUGAUACAGUAUCAACAUGUUUAACAUUUUUGGCCUACGAGUUGACACUGAACUCGGAAGUACAGCAAAAACUUUAUGAGGAAAUUCUCGAGACAGAUGCUACUCUAAAUGGCAAACCACUGAAUUACGACACAUUGCAGCGAAUGAAAUACCUGGAUAUGGUAGUUUCUGAGUCACUGAGGAAAUGGUCCCCGGUGGCAGCCAUAGACAGAUUGUGCGUUAGAGAUUACGAGUUGGACGAUGGAGAAGGAUUAAAAUUUACAAUCAAGAAAGGAGAUGCGGUGUGGUUCCCCUUCCAUGGACUUCAUCACGAUCCGAAAUACUUUCCGAAUCCUGAGAAAUUCCUGCCGGAGCGUUUCAGUGACGAAAAUAGGGCCAGCAUACAGGUUGGAACGUAUCUUCCCUUUGGAAUUGGCCCGAGAAACUGCAUUGGAUCUAGAUUUGCACUGAUGGAGGUCAAAGCAAUUGUUUAUUAUAUGUUGCGUCAUUUUAGUUUCGUUCGAACGGAGAAGACCCAAGAGCCAUUGAAGCUAGCCACGGGGUAUUUGGGAUUGCAUUCAAAAGAUGGGGUCUUCGUCGAGUUUAAACCAAGAAAUACGCUGUGAACAUUUCUCAUUAUACCUACAAAAUUAUGUUUAUUGAUAUUUUACGCAAUAUAAAAUAUUUGUGAAAAUUUUUUAAAUUUUUAAUCACAGUAUUCACAGUGUUUUGAUUUUAAACUUUAAUAAAACACUUCUUGCUUGA